AAUCAUUUCAGUCUUCUGUCUUACAGCUAGAUCAAGUUUCUCGGUUACUCACAGGUGUUGCAAUCGCCGACGGUUGCCUGUUUGAAAAGGCCAUAAAUCGUCUUCAGGUCAUCAUCGGAAGGGCGUUUAUCAAGGUUUUUCACAUCUUCCGCUGCCUUGUCAAAGCUCUGCCACACAAUCAAGAAUAUAAAAUGCAUCACGCGCCUUCAGACCGAGAAUAUCUUACCGCCUUCAAUUCACUCGAAUCACCGGACAUAUUGAUGCUUCUUUUCGGAACAGGAAUGGAAAGAACAGCAGCAGCACCACAAUACUCACAAAAUUCAGGGAUGACGAAUAGGUAGGCCAACUUUCGAACCGGUCAACGAGGACACACUGAACUACGGAAAAUUCGCCACAGUAGAAGGGCAGCAGUACAAGAUACUAUGUGCACUGUCAUUGUUCGGGCCUGGAUAGCGAUACGAAGGAUCAAUACGGUAAUACAGUACAGUACAGUACUGAACAGAAUAGAACUACUCUUUGAUAAUUGUCGUCGCUCUCAGCUGGAUCCCGAUUCCCCCAAUUCAUACAGCAUAUGGCUGCCCAGAGCAUCAUUUAGUUCUCAACUUCCUUCGGGAGAAGUCGAGGAAUCUUUUCUCACCGUAGUAGUCAGAAAAUUUAUUAUCCUGCAGAUGGGAUAAAUCUCAUUACGCUGUACAUGUAUACGCUAAACUGGUACACACAUUCUUUGUCAUUACACCCUCUUGUAGGGAGUGAUUUGAGACGAUGAGUGAAGAAAUGUCGAAUGGUCCGGAUAACUCCUCCCUUUGGCCUGUCAAUGAAUCUCCACAUACGGUUGGAGAAAAUUAUGUCGUUUCGUGGCCUGAUAGAACUCUACAUCCUGCGGCCAUCAUACAAACAAGAUACAAAGAUUCUCUGGGGAAAUUCGAGCAUUACGUUCACUACACGGGUGCCAAUCGUCGUCUGGAUGAGUGGGUCACCAAAGAACGAAUUGAGAGAGUUGACGACUCGCAGUUCAGUCUGACGAAUGCCAGGGUUGGUGAAGUCAGUGGCAAUGGGGUGAAUCAUCUGAAGAAUGUGUCGAAGCUUCUUAAACCAGAAGAUUCCUUCGAAAAUUCCGACCGGAAGAUCACGAGGCAUCAGAAAAGGAUGCACGUGGAAAUGAACCACCUGGAAGAGAACAACGGAUUCGAUUCGCAUGGCCCCGACAGCGAGCACGAUGCGUUACCUCAAAUCAAGCUGAUCAAGUGUAUUGAAUUCGGUCGGUAUGAGAUCGAUACUUGGUACUACUCUCCGUACCCUGAAAUCCCAGGAGAAGCCAGAGAAGACAAAUUAUUUGUUUGCGAGUACUGUUUCAAGUACACGUCCACUGAAUCAACUUUCAGGUUGCAUCAGACACAGUGCACCAGAUUCCAACCACCGGGGCAAGAAAUUUAUCGCAAGGGUGCUCUCUCUUUGUACGAAGUAGAUGGAAAAGAAGAAAAAUUGUAUUGUCAGUGUUUGUGUUUGCUAGCGAAGCUGUUCUUGGACCACAAGACCCUUUACUUUUCCGUUGAACCGUUCAGAUUUUACAUCUUAACCGAAGUCGAUCACGAGGGAGCUCAUUUUGUAGGCUACUUUUCGAAAGAGAAGGAAUCAUCUGAAAAUUACAACGUUGCUUGUAUUAUGACGCUUCCGCCAUUCCAACGGAAGGGUUACGGAAAAUUUCUCAUUCAGUUUUCGUACGAGUUGUCCAAAAGAGAGUGUCAGAUUGGAACUCCUGAAAAGCCACUUUCCGAUUUGGGGAAGGUUUCUUACAAGUCCUAUUGGACAUGGAUACUGUUGAACAUCAUGAAAGGAGAGGAGAGAUUGACCAUCAAGGACUUGAGUCAUAGAACCUCAAUACAGCAAGAGGACAUAAUUCAAACCCUGAUGGCACUCAAGAUGGUGAAAUACUGGAAAGGGCAGCACGUCAUCUGUAUUUCUCCGAAGAAUGUUCUAGAAUAUGUUGCGACUUGUGGCCUGUCGGAGCCCCGCAUUCAAGUCGAUCCUGCGGCGAUUCGUUGGGAUCCUCCGAAGAAACCCUCGAAAAAAUGUGCUUAGUCUGUGGAUGUACUAUUUUUGGGUAUCGCUUGAGUGAUAUUUUUUCGUAAAAAUUCAUGAUUUUUCUGAAAACACGAAAAAUUUCAGUUUC